ACCUGCAGUGGCCGAUUUGACCGAGAGCAGCAGCAUGUACCUCCUCGUGAGCACCGAAGUGACCGUGACGACAGGCCCGACGAUCGUGGGCGACGAGGCCUCCGACCCCGAGCUCAUGCAGACGCUGGGCGCGCGCCUCGUGCAGGCCAAGUGCCAAACCUACAAGCACUAUACCGUCUCGGCGCCACCGCGCGCCGUGCUCAACAAGCUCGAGGGCCUCGGGUUCGAGAUUCAAGGCAUGAGCGGCCUCGGCCAGUCGAUCGUCUGGACCAUGCACAAGCGCUCGUAGGCCUUCCUCUCGCGCAGCGCACCGAGCGUGGUCAAUGGCGAGCCAAGUAGUAAAUACAGUAGCGUCGUUUCCUCCG